UGGAAUAUCGCGGCUCCUCCAAUAAACGUUUAAUAUUUCAUUCGUUCUAAUAAUUAGACCCACUUUCUUCUGCUCUGUUCUUAUUCUUUCGGAAUCUUUUUGCUGCUGAUUUGGAUUAAUUUAAACCUGUCCUAUUUCCUCGUCGUUAUGGCUUCCAAAUCUUGUGGCGAAGAUAUUUUGUUGUGAUAUUGUGACUGAGAACUAAUUUUCAGACGGAAUCGUGACAUAUCUCGUGGCCAACAGGAGCAUAUUCCCACAAUGUGACAUGAGUUCCGGUAAUAUAUUCCAAAGACUUCCUCGGAAAAAUGAUCGAUUUCCAACUCUUGGAUUCUUAGAAAUGAAGCUCUAACAUGGCUCAGGGGUAAACUGAAAUAAUAGUUCUACUGAUAGUUCUUUGCAAUAGACGUUUUCCUGAAUCCGGAUCACGACGUUAAAAUGAGUUUCGUCUAUUCUGCAUAGCCGUUCCCGAGAGACAGGUUGCUACUAAUUUCCAGUCAUAGAGAAAUCAAAGUUGUGUCGAGUGGACCAAAUCGUGUCCAGCCAUGUUCUGAAAUGGUACCACGUCAUCACCAAAGUGAUGCUGUGUUCAUCGUGUAGCGAGGAAUCAGGUGAAUAUGGUCCCAUCAUCGACCUUGACACAGUUAUUCAAGAUUAUGCAUGGAGAGAACUCAAGCGAGAUGCACGCUGGUAUCAAGGACCAUUGUUACGUCGAUCUUACUAUGACAUUGAAAUCCCAUGGAACUUUUAUGAGUUCGAGCAUAAAACCACAAGGUUUAGUACGCGAGACUUUCAAGGAAGCACGCUAAGACAGGAUUUCAGGGAAAAGAAGCAAGUUGAAUUAUUUACGACUGACUACAAGAAUAAUACUGCUAAAGAACAAAUAUAUAACUUAAAAACACAACGGCAAACGCAAGCGAGAACUCAUAUUUCUUUCCAAAGGGGAUUUGUAAUUAAGAAUAAUGCUAAUUUUAAGCUAAAAAUUCCUGAUCAUUACGGGCACUGUGGUGUAACUGCAACGGCAGACGGACAUUUGAGAGUUACAAAACGCGAAGAAAAUCUCCAAGAAUUGUUUACAUGGCAGUGUGAUAGCGAUAUUACAGUUGACCCCUACCAUAUCACCAAAGUAACGCUAAUGGUUACCGAAGAUGAAUUCAUGGCGGACUUUGAAGUUCGAUCUCGUCUACGAAUGCCGACUGGGGAAGCACCAAUCAUUCUUAAAAGAAAACGAGACAAUCACAUUCAUGCAGUUAUGUUGCUGUCAGAUCUGCGUGAUGUAUUCGCGGACUUAAAUCAUCCAAAUAUAACUGUUUCCAAGGAGAAAAUCGGUUCCAAUACAGAAACAGUAGUUGAAUUUAUUACGACUGGUACAUUAGAUAGUGUAAGAUGGAGCGAUCAAAGGGUCUGUAUAGAAUCUAAACCAAUAGACCCCUCUACAUUUAGUGAUUCGCUUUACGACUCUGCAAUAUGUUCCAGCGAUGUAUACAGCAGGGUAAUCAAACAAGCAACGAAGACCUCUUUUGAUAAAGAACAAAAUACAAUAUCAACAGCAACCACUGCCACCACUCCUAAUGAAAAGAAACACGAUUUUCAAGGAUUCAAGGUGGAAACUAAAGAUAUGAGAUUUAGCAUUAUUCCCAAGAUAGUCACUGAAAAUCCAGAAGACUUGCUGGUCAAGGAAACCAAAUUAGAGGAGCAAUCUCAAGUGAGAUCUGUAUUUCCGACAAUCAGAUUGCAAGAGAAGGAAAGAAGAAUGUCCGAUCCUGAAUGUCAACGACCCCCACCUCCGUACAAGUGUGUGUCUGAUCCCCCACUCAAAGUCAUUCGGGAGACCAGUUUGGAAGACAAGGACAAAUCAGAAGUAGGUACCCCAGAUUCAUCCGAUUCUCAAAAGUUCUCCAAAGUCACGAGUGUGUGAAGAUUUGCUGUUAAUGUGGAUGUGCUGGCAGCUCUGUGCUACAGUAUAUAAUCCUCUGUUUAUCACUAUAUACUCUUACCUUACUGUAGAGAAUUAUCCACAAGUCAUAUUGCAAAAAUUCAAUUUACUGAGUAAAGAUCAAUACAAUUUUUACAAUAUAUCACACAAGUUUUCAUUCUCUGAAAUACAUCACGAAUAUGGUUUUUAGAUACUAGUUUUACUGCAGAUAUAGACCCCAUGCAGCAAGUUUGUUAAAAAGUAUUGAAACUAUAUUCAUCUUGAAACAUUUCCUACUAAACUUUAAUUUAAAUAUGUUUUCUAUGAUAAGUAUGCAACUCGCUCUAGAUCAUCUCUGAAAUAAAAAUGCUUGGUUCAUUUUUUUUAAUUUCAUAUCUAUACACCUGAAAAAUAAAUGUAACUAACAAGAUAUCUGAAAUGAAACGUUCCAAAAUUGGCCUAAUUAAUGUUACAAAUGAGUAAAUGUAGCGAGGAUAAUUUGCUAGUAGCACUGAAGCUUUUGUAAAAACUUGGCUAAUGAUAUAUUAACGCUGAUAAAGACCUUAAACACAGUCUCUGUUUCUGCUUAUGCCCAUUCAAUAUAUUUAUUAAUUAAGUUAAACUGUAAUGGAAGUGAGGUUGCAAUGUUGAAAUGUUCUAAUCUUCCUGGUGCUCUUUAGAUGCGUUGAAGAGAUAUUGAUAGUCCCUACACUGUUUGCUAUUACGAUCCUAAAUCAAAUUAAAACAAUAAUUUUACAUCUGAUGCCCCAGGGGAGUAAUUUUGUGAAACGCUAUACCACUUAUCAGAUCCAUUAGAGUAAGUAUGUGUCAGGAAUUUAAAACUCGCAAUCACAAACACUAGUUAGAAAGUAUUUGAUAACUUUGCAUCACACUAGGGCAUAAAUGACACAUGUAUGUACCGUACCACGCAGAGAUUUUCCAGGUAUCAAAUGCAAUCAACAUGGUGUGGAUAGAAUUGUUUAAAGACACGAAAUUUGAGAUAUUAAGAAUCAUACAUUUCAACAAGAGAAAUAAAAGGGAUUCUCCACAAAAUAGAGAUAUGUGAAUUAAAACGCUAUGAAUAUUAGAUUGCAGACUGAGUAGAAUGAUCUAAGACACAAAAUUCGAAUUAUUAAAUGGAGGUCUGUGAAUCGAUACACUUUGAAUAGGAAUAAUCAAAGACACAAAAUUCUAUCAUUUUUUCAUAGAAAAUGUCAACGUGAUGAUUAUGGUCGAUUUUCCAGGAAAUUAAUUGUAGCCGGUAUAAUUUCAAGAGGUUCCAUUAUUAAACACAAACAGUAAUACGUCACGAAUCCCACAUUUACCGUUAGUUUAUGCAACUGUAACACUCUUUACUGACAUGGCGGCAACAUUAUUUCUUUAUCUCUCAGUCUGCAAAUGGAAAAGGUGGCCUAUUAAAGGUUUCCAGUUUUAGUGUUUUUGUUUGAUUUUUAAAAAAAUAUUUCAUUGAAUAUUUACAGUAUCUAGGACUUGACUACUGAAACAAGAAACUUAGGUGACAAAGAGCCCACUACUAAAUGUUCUAUGAAGAUCUCUCAUUUGUGUUGCGGCAUUGCAUAGUAUGCUGCCAAGUAUGGUUGGGACUUGAUUAUCGAUCAUGUGUAUAAAUGUCAUUUAUUGCGUUUUAUGUAUCUAGCUAAGACAAAAUGCGAUGUCUGGAAAGUUACAUAUGUCUCGUAGUGGGGAAAAUGUUGAUUAUAUGCUUGAAGAAGUGUUGAAUAUUGAGCUACAAAAUUGACCCAAGGCACAUAACUCUGUUGUGAGUUGUUGUUAGGUAUAUUGUGUAUAUACAUUAUUUGUAGUUUGUUUGUAUGAUAGGUUUACCAUUUCACAAGCCCAUCCACACUGUUUUUAUCUAUUUGUCAUUAUUGAAUAAAGUACAUACAAUUG